UUUGGAUCGACUCACCCACCUCUAGUGAUUAUUGUUUACAUUGCAAAAAAAAAAAACAUGAGAUCCGAACCGAAUCGAUCCGGAUUCAGCUGAAACGGACAUCCCAACUUUCCAGGAGGGGAACAGAUCGCUUUCUUCACCCCGCAGCGACGACGACGACAAGGAGGAGGAGGUGGAGGAGAAGGAGGAAGACGACUGGAGUCCAACUUUGUUUUGAUCGCCUGGACCGAAAAGCAUCCCCAGCACAGGCGAGGAGAACCGAGGGGUUAACUGACGCCAGCUUUAAAGACAUCAAUUGUACCUGGUGGAGGAAAGAAGUCGGAGGGUCGCCAUUGUGUGGAGGGGAGAGAGGAUACUCGAUAUCACAACAUGAUGGUGCUCGGAGACGGGGAUGCGAAGGGGAUCCCCGCCUAAGGAGCGCUCACAGUCGGGUUUGGGAUACCCUCAUCUACCGAGGCCUCCGAGGGGGGAUCCUCCAACGUCUACCUUGAGGUCACCGCCCGCCACCAUCCCCGACAACCAUCACGCGAGGCCCGAGGCUGUGGAUGCGGCCUACCCCGGUCGGUAGGGACUGACGAGCACCGGGGAAACAACGGGGGACACUGUCCGGAUUAUUAACACCAACGACAGGCCCGGAGGAGCGGGGGACGAGCACCAUGAUGGAAGAACUGCACAGCCUGGACCCUCGGCGGCAGGAGCUGCUGGAGGCUCGCUUCACCGGGGUCGGCGUGGCUAAGGGCUCGGGCCAGAAUCAGAACGAGUCGUCCAAUCAGAGUCUGUGUAGUGUCGGCUCGCUCAGUGACAAAGAACUAGAGACUCCGGAGAAAAAGGCCAACGACCAGAGAGCCCGAAAACGAAAAGCGGACCACUUUGACGGCAGCCAAGGCAAAGCAGGAACAAGGGGACAUAAAAUUAGCGACUAUUUUGAGUUUGCGGGAGGUAGCGGUCCUGGUACCAGCCCUGCAAGGGGGAUCCCACCGGUGGUCCGCUCUUCCCCACAACACUCGCUCUCCAACCCUCCUGUCACUGUACAGCAAGGUAGCCCAUCAUCGGUCUGCUCGGCCAACACGGAGCUCUCGUUGUGCUCUCUGAAACCCGCCUCGCUUCACUUGCUCCACAAAGCCACGCAGUCUGACCUUACCAUAGAGAAACUAACCGCAUUGGAGAACAACAAGAACUCCGACCUGGAGAAGAAGGAGGGACGGAUAGACGAUUUGUUGCGGGCUAACUGCGACCUGAGGAGGCAGAUUGACGAGCAGCAGAGGAUGCUGGAGCGCUACAAGGAGCGCUUGAAUAAGUGCGUGACCAUGUCCAAGAAGCUCCUCAUUGAAAAAUCCAAACAGGAGAAGAUGGCGUGCCGUGAUAAAAGCAUGCAGGAUCGGCUACGAUUGGGCCACUUCACCACCGUCAGACACGGAGCCUCUUUCACCGAGCAGUGGACGGACGGCUACGCUUUCCAAAAUCUCAUCAAGCAACAAGAACGGAUCAACUCGCAGCGAGAAGACAUCGAGAGGCAGCGCAAACUACUCGCCAAGCGUAAGCCGCCCUCCAUGGCCCAGACGCCGCCUUUGAGCCUGGAACAAAACAAGCGAAAAAGCAAAGCAAACGGGACAGAGAGUGAAGCGUUAUCGCAGGCGGAGUACCACGAGCAGGAGGAGAUCUUCAAGCUAAGACUGGGCCAUCUAAAGAAGGAGGAGGCUGAGAUCCAGGCGGAGCUGGAAAGGUUGGAGAGAGUCCGAAACCUGCACAUUCGCGAGCUGAAAAGAAUCCACAACGAGGAUAAUUCCCAAUUCAAAGAUCACCCCACGCUAAACGACAGAUACCUGCUUCUCCAUUUACUCGGACGUGGAGGUUUUAGUGAAGUUUACAAGGCCUUUGAUUUAACCGAGCAAAGGUACGUGGCCGUCAAAAUCCACCAGCUUAACAAAAACUGGAGGGAUGAGAAGAAGGAAAACUACCACAAACACGCAUGCAGAGAAUAUAGAAUCCACAAAGAGCUGGACCACCCGCGAAUAGUUAAACUCUACGACUACUUCUCGCUCGACACAGACUCGUUCUGCACGGUGCUGGAAUACUGCGAGGGCAAUGACUUGGACUUCUACUUGAAGCAGCACAAGCUGAUGUCCGAGAAGGAAGGACGCUCCAUCAUUAUGCAGAUAGUCAACGCCCUCAAGUACCUCAAUGAGAUCAGACCGCCCAUUAUCCACUACGACCUUAAACCUGGUAACAUCCUCCUGGUCAACGGCACGGCGUGCGGGGAGAUCAAGAUCACAGAUUUCGGCCUAUCCAAAAUCAUGGAUGAUGACAGCUACAACUCUGUGGACGGCAUGGAGCUGACGUCUCAGGGAGCCGGCACGUACUGGUACCUGCCGCCAGAGUGUUUCGUCGUCGGAAAAGAACCCCCCAAAAUCUCCAACAAGGUGGACGUGUGGUCCGUGGGGGUCAUUUUCUACCAGUGCUUGUACGGCCGCAAGCCUUUUGGCCACAACCAGUCUCAGCAGGACAUCCUGCAGGAGAACACCAUACUGAAGGCCACAGAUGUGCAGUUCCCGCCCAAACCGGUCGUCACACCUGAAGCCAAGGCGUUCAUACGGCGCUGUUUAGUCUACCGAAAGGAGGACCGCAUCGACGUUCACCAGCUGUCCAACGACCCCUUCCUCAUGCCACACAUCCGCAAGUCGGUGGCCUCCUCGGGCAGCUCGGCCAUGGCCGUGGCCUCCACGUCCAGCUCCUCCAACAGCAGCGCCUCCAAUUGAGCCCACCACAGAGCAGACUUGAUAGCGGGAAUGAAUGGCAUUGUGUGUGUGGGGGGGGGGGGCCUAUAACCCCCCCACACUUCACCUACCUUCCGCCUCCCUCCUAAUAGCAUCCCAUCUUGACACGACGGGAGGAUUGGUGAAGAAGCAAAAGGCGGUGAGGAGAUUGGGAAAAUGUGUCCUCACCCCUGCAGCUUACACGUCCACCAGGGAGGUGUUGGUGGGGGGGGUCAAAGCCCAGGGUGGCUCACAAUGAAAAGAAAGGUGGGAUUCAGCGUUUUUUUUUUUCCUUCUGCUUGAAAAAAAAAAAGAUAAUAAAUAAGAAGCAUAGAAGUGCUUCAGCUUGGCCCAAUGGACAAGACUGCUGUUGAGGUGGUGGGAGGGCUUUGUGGCCCCCUCCCCCCCCCCACCCCCCUCCGUCACGCUCUCUCUGGCAAACCCACGCAUGAGCCCUUCUGGUGGACGUCGUUCACCUUCACGCUCAAACGGCAAGGCCUGUUUUAUUGCAUUACAACCCCAAAUACCAGUGCCCCCCCCCCAUCUCAUAAAAGACACGCCCCUUCCUCCCAGUCAGCCCCUUGACCAAAGCUUUUAACCAGGUGGUGGCGCCGUUGCACCUCAGUUCUCUGAAGAAUACUUCUCUAGCUUGUCAUGGAUUGGAAGCUACUGAAGAACGCCCCCCCCCUCCCUCUCUCUUCCCCCAUCGCCACCUCCUUCAUUUUUCAGGAAUUAACCAUUUUUAUGGAGAAAACUUUUUUUUUUUGUCAAGUUGCCUUUAACUAGAACUCUUGCUUGUUUUUAUUGACCCCCUUCCCUCCCUCCCUCCCUGCCAUAAAACACAUAUUUAUUUAGCUAUGUUUGAAUUCAUUUUUGGCCAUUUUAAGAAGAAAAAAGGCAAGGGACUGAUUAUCAUCUAGUACUUUUUUUUGGGGGGGGGAUCGGGCCUUAGCAGACCGUUACAUAAACCAUUAAAAAACUAUUGUUUCGAAGAUGUGCCUGGUGUAGUUUCAUGCCUUAGUACAGUUAUUUUAAUAACGACUUCAUUAGGGACACCGGCACAAAUCACGAUCAUGCUGGUUUUGAUCACAUUAUAAAUGCUGUUUUUUUUUUAUUUCAAAGCGAGUUGGGACGCCCCUACCCUGUAAAAUUGAACAUAUUUUCAACUUAAAACAUUUAUUUUUGGAAGCAGCUGCACUUCCUCUUAAAGUCUUUUGGCUUGCCUCCUCACACUUAGAUAAAAAAUAACAUUGCACAAGUGAGGACACUUUACUGUAAAAUGGCGCCCCCUCUCGGCUGUGGGUCAAAAUGCUUUAGGAAACGCUAGCAUUUAAUACAGACCGUCAAAGUUUCACCACGUGACGAAUUUAUCAUAAAAAUUAUCGCACAGUCAACACAGUAAGUGCAUCUGUUAACAAAAUGUCCUGGAAUGGCGGAAUUACAUCAUCUGUUGUCCUUAUUUUUAAUGAAGUGUCCGUUGGGCUUGCAGGUUCCCUCAGUGGCCACUAGGGGUCCCCAGAUCUCAUGUAACCACACACACACGCACACAGUAGAAGCGGUUCCAUUCAUUAGAGUGUGUGAAGAGGACGGUCCAAGCAUCCCCUCUCCAGUCGCUGUCAUUUUUUGUUUCAAACUCCGUGUGUGUUUGUGUGCGUGUGUGUGUGUGUUUGUCCGUGUCCUUUCUUGCCACGUACGCGUGGUGUGUGUUACAGCAGAGAGCAUGCACGGCGACGACGAGCGGCACCGAGACUCCACAACAAAUGGACCCAAGUGGAUCAGCCGACAACCCCGGCACAUACUCUACCGAUGCACUUUGUUUUUGUUGCUGCUCUGCGUGGAAAUCCAAAGGAGCGCCACGGAGCCGCUGGACUCGGAUGACUUUGCCUUCUUCCACGAGGGCAGCCAGGGGUGCCUGGGGGUGCGGUCUCACUCCCUGGUCCUGUCCACUUCCUGUCAGGAGUCCAGCCAGCGCUGGAAGUGGGUGACGCGGGGUCGCCUCUUCAACCUGG